AUGAAGAUUACUGGUAUAACUGAGUUGGCGAAAAUACACCUAGAGGAGAUACUGCAGACUUGUUCAGCGUUCAUUUUAGUCAAUUCCACGUUUCAGGAAGAGAACCCCGAGGUGACCUAUGAAAUUCAGACACUUUGUCCGUGGAACUGUAGUGGAAACGGUAUUUGCAAUUCAGGUAACUGUACCUGCUACACAGGUUAUGCAGGUAGUGAUUGUUCCUUUGAUUUAUCUGCUCCACCUACAAUCACUCACAUUUCGGAUUUCGGGUUCUGCGACAAAUCAAAAGAAAACUGUGACGAGAUUACAGUAUAUGGAAAAUACUUUUUAGAAAACAUGAACACGUUCUGCUACAUGACGCGGUUGAUGUACAAUGUAGAUGGAGCGUCAUUAGCAACAGAAUCGUAUCAGAUUGGUUUACAGGAAAGAACCUUAUUUGAGGGAUUCUGCCCCUUGCAGUACAGUAGUCUUAGGCCAUGGGUGACGUUUUUUCAAUUCAACAUUUCUAAUGAUGAUAAAAGUUUUACAAAAACGUUUAAUGUGUACACAUUUCAAUCCCUCUGCCAGGAGUACCAAAACAAUAGCGGGGAUAUAUAUUAUACAUUUAAGGAUGGCUUCUGUUUUAUCGAUGGAAGUUGUGUUAUUGAUGGAGAAACUAAUCCAAAGAAUUUGUGUGACAUCUGCAGUGUUGCUAAUAAUAGAUAUAGAUGGACACUUAAUGAAGGGCUUUGUCAAAUUGACGGAGUAUGUUUUGCUCGCGGAGAGGUGCAGGGUACAAACUUCUGUAGAUUUUGCAAUCCUUCCUCCAGCAACUCAACUUGGUCUCUUGAUAAUGAGUUCUGCUUCAUAAGAAACAGAUGUUACUUCAGGUGGGAGCCACGACAGCUCAACAGUUGUGAGAUAUGUGAUCCAGAUCAAGACCAGAGUGACUGGUCACUCAACAAAGAUUGUAUACCAACUUCUGAAGUGAGUACAGACUCUCCAACAGAGUCAGUGGAACCGAUCAUUGAAAAUACGACAAUAUUGGAAUCAACCACGAAAAUACCAACAACAUCAACUGAAGCAACGGAACCCACAUGGGUCACAACUUAUUCAACUUCAGAAAAGAAAACAUCCUCAGCGUCAACCUCAGCUCAUGUAUCAACUACACCCCGAGCAUCAACUUCUGCUUUAACAUCAGCAACACCACAAACAUCAACGAUGGCUCCAAUAGAAGUGUCAUCAGCUUCACUUUCAGAAACUGAUAUCAUUGCUAUCUUAUGCGCCUCUGGUAUUGCAUUUGCAAUUGUGAUCGCCAUUGCUUGUGUUGUUUAUAGAACUCGAACCCUUAAAAAAGAUUCGAAGACAAGAUGGACGAUUCCAAAUGUAAAAAAUACAACAAAAGAAAUUCCAGGAAUAUCACUGAUGAAAUACACAAAGAAAUGAGUUCACUUUUUUAUACAGCCGUGUAGUAUCGUUUUGGAAAGUUUGAUAGAAGA